AUGAAUCCCGAUGCCUCGGAUGUGGUUUGGAAAAACGCCUCUUACAUUUCUCUGGGAGUUUACAACGCGACCAACAUCACCGCCGGUCCACAGCACGACCCGGCCCGAAACCGCACGAACCCGCUGGACCUCAGCCGGGCCGUGCCGGUGGGCAUGGUGCUGGGGUCCUUCAUCAUGUUCGCCAUCGUCGGGAACAUCAUGGUGAUCCUGUCGGUGGUGUGCAACAGGCACUUGCGCAUCCCGACCAACUACUUCAUCAUCAAUUUGGCGAUCGCCGACCUGCUGCUGGGCACGACGGUGCUGCCGGUGUCGGCCACCUUGGAGAUCCUGGACUACUGGGUGUUCGGGAGGAUUUUCUGCGACAUCUGGGCCGCCGUGGACGUCUUGUGCUGCACGGCUUCCAUCAUGUCCCUGUGCGUAAUCUCCAUCGACCGGUACAUCGGGGUGCGCUACCCGCUCCAGUACCCGAUGAUCGUCACGGAGAGACGGGCGCUGCUGGCGAUGCUCGGCGUCUGGAUCCUGGCCAUUGUCAUUUCAAUCGGUCCGCUCCUGGGGUGGAAGCAGCCCCCUUCGCAGGACGACACAGAGUGUCCCAUAACCGAAGAGCCGUUCUACGCCCUCUUCUCCUCCCUGGGCUCCUUCUAUAUCCCCUUGGCGGUGAUCCUAGCCAUGUACUGUCAGGUCUACAUCGUGGCCAAGCGCACCACCAAAAACCUGGAGGCUGGCAUGAUGAAGGAGCGCCAGGAGGACUCCAAUGAAGUCACCCUGAGGAUCCACUGCAAGAGCCAGCAGAUCCAGGAGCUCUGCUCCUCCUCGGGGGGAGGAGGAGUGAUGGGGCGCAGCGCGCUGACGGUGAAGCUGCUCAAGUUCUCCAGGGAGAAGAAAGCGGCCAAGACACUGGGCGUGGUGGUGGGAAUGUUCAUUCUGUGCUGGUUGCCCUUCUUCCUGGCACUGCCCAUUGGGUCCUUCAACGCCAACCUGCGUCCUCCUGAAACCUUCUUCAAGGUAAUCUUCUGGCUGGGAUAUUUCAACAGCUGCCUCAAUCCCAUAAUCUACCCCUGCUACAGUCGAGAAUUUAAACAGGCCUUCAUCCGAAUCCUGCGCUGCCAGUGGAAGAGGAAGAAGCAGGGCUGGCAGGCUUACUACAACUACCGCUGCCACCAGGGCUCCAACCAGUCCUCCUUCCUCAACGGCAGCCAGCAGACCCUGUCCUCCAUUGACCCCAGCCCCCGCUGCGUUGCCUCGCGUUUGAGCCCAGGCUCCUGGACCAGAGGGAGGUCUUCCUCCUCAGGCUCCUCGAAGCCUGGUAGCCCCUCUCCCGGUCACGUGACCCAGCAGCGAGGGGCCCUCCCCGGAGCUGGCAGGGCAGCGGCUGGGGCUCUGGGAAGAGGGAGGGCGAUUCCAGUGUCCCCGCUGGCUUGGGAAGCCAGGACGGGGUUGGCUGUUGAGACGAGGCUGGGGGGCGGGAUGGGGUUGGUCGUAAAUGGGCGGAACGCAGACAAAGAGAUGGACAUCGUCAUCAAGGAGACGCCAGAAUCCAUCCUGUAA